AUGUCUAUGCCAGACCGUAAUCCCCAGGAGGGUGGUGGCCCCAAUCUAGUGAGUAUUGAGGUUAUGCGGAAUCACUCCGAGCUCUUCAGGUCAGAAUGCAUGAGGCUGAUCAUGGAAAGUGACAAAGCAUGCAAGCGUAUGCAAGAUGACGACAACAAGCGGCUAGAUCAGCGGGUCAGAGACAUCCAGUUUCUGAGGAAGGAGUUGGAGCUGAAGUUGGAGGAGAUUAUUCUGGAGAUUGAUGCCCUCUUAGUGUUACAGAGCAGGGUCAUGAAAGCCCUAGAGGCCUGCAAAGAGCCUAUGAGAGUCACCAUUCUCUGUCUGGAGGAGAGAAUGAAGCGUCUUCCCUCUGAGAGGCUGCAUGAUGAGGUGGACAGAGAGCUGCUGAGGGAGAGGGAGCUCAUUGACGGAGUGGGUUCUCUUCUGCAGCGUGUAGCAGAGCAGAUCACCGAGCAGAUACGACUGAACCGAUCUGCCAAAUAUUACGUGGAGCAGGAUCUCAAGGAGAAAGCUGAGGCUCAGUGCAUUGACGACUCCUGUGCCUUAAUGACCACCCAUUCCCAGAACACCCUGCAGAAGUCCACAAAUGCCAAAAUUCUCCUGGCGAGCUUGACAGUGACUCCGAAGCAGUGGGAGAACAUCUCUGACAUCAACAUAAUCAAAGCGGAGCAGCAGAAGAUCAACUCUCAGUCACUUCGGGCUCUGACGGAGUCUCUCCUGGAGCAGACGGCCAGUGACAUGCAGAAGCAGGUCCAGGCCACAACGUCGGCCUUUCAGCUGAAUGUGCAGGAGAUCAAGACGGCCAAGAGCCUGAUGGAGGAUCAGUUGUCUAAGAUUCUGUCUGAAUUCGCUAGCCAGCAGAGGAAUAAAGAAGAUCUCCAAGCAUCCAUCGCAGAGAAUGAACAUUUCCUGAGCUUGGCCAAGGCCCGACUGACUUUGCGUCGGCAGAGGCCUGGCAAAGAGCACUGCCAUGAUCCAGCACAGUCCCAGCUCCUCGCCGAGGUCCAGCAGCUCACCGUUCACAUCAGCAAACUGCAUGAGGCAGCGGCCCAGUCAGAGGAGCAGCAGAGGGCUCUGAUUCGCUGCCAGCUGGAUCUGCAGGAAAAUAUCGGGAUCAAGGCCAACUCUCUCUACAUUGAUGAGGUCAUCUGCGCCCAGCACAGGGAGCCCAUUAUCAUCCAUAACUUCUGA